CCUUGAAAGCAGAUGGCGUAGUCAGCUGUUUCCGUGUUUAGGGUGGAAGAAGAGAUUCGGUGGUUAUUUUUUUCAUGUUUGUCACACCACUUGAGUUCCCCAACCAUGUAGUCACUCUCGGUGGUGUUGCUCCGUGAAUCCCCGCUGUAACUUACCACAUUUGCGGGAUCCUUGUCCAUUAUGACGGACGUAUUUCACGGCUUCGAGCUGCUACUGUUCCGUCGCUUCCAGUCCCAUCCUGAGCUAUGGAUAGAAUGGAGAGACAAACUCGCCAAGAAGAUAAGCGACAAGGGCACUUUGAUCGACGACAUAGAGGAUAUCGGGGAGAUCCCCCAGAGCCUGUGGUAUCUGUCUGUGACUCUCCACCGUCGUCAGCGCUACCUGUUGGAGCUUAUUCAGAAAGAGGCUCAGAGGGGGAGAGAGAAGCGUCUACCCAAGGCUGGUGAAACGCUGCUGUCUCGCUACCUGUCUAGUCAUCAGUUCACAGAGUUCUAUCUGGACUCCAUGUUCAAGUAUGGUGACGACAACAGGCUUCCCAGAGAGCUCUUCAAGUGUGCCAAUGUGCGGUUCUUGUCUCUCAAGUACAACAGCCUGGACCGUAUCCCGGCAGAAAUUGGCCGGAUGCACAAACUGGAAUACCUGGCCCUGACAAAUAACAAGCUCCAGGUGCAUUCUCUCCCCCACACUUUAACAUUCUGCAAGAAUCUCAGGACUGUGCUCCUUGACAACAACCUGCUGGAUGCUUUACCUGGAUUCCUGCUUCAAAUGCCAUCAAUACAAACCGUCCAUCGCCAUGGCAAUCACAACUAUUUCAAAGCCACGUUCAUGUGGUACCAUACUGACGUGAACUACAGGAUAAUACCGGUUGCUGGUAGUAACGACUGUAAUCUGUAUCGCAGCUAUGAACGACUUCAGUUCUGGGCUGCCAAGGCUGUGAUCAGUUCUAAGAAGGACUUCUUCUGUGACAAUUCUGUAGCCCCAGUGUUGAAGGACUACAUUUCGGAUAUCUAUGACUUUUUUCAUAUCUGCAACUACUGCAACAAGGCUCAGCUUGGACACUUGCAAGGAUAUAAAGUGAUAACGUUUAAAAACCCAUAUUUGGGCAACACAUGUGUGCCAUUCCAACACUGGGCAUGCUCACGUGAGUGUGCGGAGAAACUGGAAGUGCCAGCACGUAAAGAGCAGAUAGCAGCUGCUCAAGAACUUGACAGGCGAUAUGAUGAGUAUGUCAUGGAGUGUCACAAGAAGUUCUAUUCCCGCCGAGCCCAUCCUGUGUUAUCAUGUAGCUCGGGGUCUUUAUCGGAAGCAGUCAAUCAGAUUCAGACAACUGAGACGAGCGCAACAGUGAGCGCUGCAACCACUCCUGAAGAUACCACCAAGUGUCAGUGUUCCGUGUCAUGAUGGCGGAGACAUGUUUAGGACACACACAGAAGAUUCUAAACCUGUAUGUCACAGUGGUGACAUCAUUGUGUUGACUAUACAUCGCACAGUUCCAGGUAACCAUGGUAACACAGGGCAGCUUCUCAAAUGUGUUUGACUAUUACCAUGCUUGUGAAAGUCUUACAUUUUCAAAUCUUCCAUAUUUCCAUUUUGUCAUUCUUUAUGAAUUAUGAAUUUAAUUACCACCUUUUGUUUGACAGAACUAAGUAUACAUAGAAACAUCAUGUAUGUCCUCGGUUCAGUGAACUGUGGUAACCAUGGUAACAGUAUUUCCAUGAUAUUUUGUAUGAUGAGGUGUGAAUCAUUGCUUUAGAUGUUCUUAAUGUUGCAAUGGAGAGAUAGUACAUAGAUGUGUUGGACCAAACUUGUAGCUUUACUGUUGUACGAUUUCACAGCAAA